CUUCCGCUUGCUCAGGGACGAGGUUUCGAACUGAGGCCUGUCAGACGAUGGGGCGAACACACUGCGCGGCAGGCGGGGCUGGGCUAAGCUGUGCUGUCCUGGACCUCACACAGGGAAUUCUGGGACAGCUGGACCCUGGACGCUCGCACCUUGACCAGAUUGAUGGGGCUACUACCGUCUUGUGUCCACGCGCUGACCGAUCCACCAACCCACUGAGCAGACCAGCAAGAGAAGAGACGGGGGUGGUUUCCUUCUGUGAGACGUAGGGUGAGGUUGUCGGGAGACCACAGGUUUUUUUGGGGGGUGAUUUUGAGCGUUUUUAGGCUGCGUCCGUCUGCGGUACUAUCGUGUGUCUUGUGUGAGGGGUGGCCAGUGUCUGCUCUGUACUUGGAGGUCGGAGGAGAGGAGGUGGU